AGUUGAAAUUUAUAUCGCAGAAUUUAGGGCCCAGAGAUAGGACUUCCAGUUGCACGUCGGUUAAAUGUACUGAGGAAUAAUUGAACACAAACUUCGUGGGUUCGUCAGGAAAUUUGCCUUGAGGUUUCAUCUGCUUAAGGCUGUUGUUGAGCUGGGUUACGACAGACUGCGACCGUUUAUUCGCAACCAAGUCGAUAUAUUCGGUGAAUCUUUGACGUUCAUCCGAAGUCAAUUCGUAUAAGGCAGAGGACCUCUGAUUGAUAUUCCGCUGCAGUUCGGGCAUACGUGAUCUGAUAGAAUCAGCACAAUUCAUUGCAUGGCGUUGAAGGGACUUCGUAUUUGGAUAUAUAUGAUUGCGUCGCAGUGCUUUCCAGAACCACUUUGGAUACUGAUGAUUGGAGACGCAAUCCUCGAAAAAGCCAACUUUCGCUUUCCCCACAGCAAGCUUGACAGAGUACCGCAGAAACCCAUUGAGUUCCUUGACUGUCGAGGGGUCCUUGCUACGUUUCAAUUCAUGGAUAAUCCCCAUCCAGGCAUUAAUGAAAACAAAACACGUAGAUCAGCGAAGAGUCUCUUUUCGGCGAAUUCAUUUUCUUAGCUGUACAAUCGCAAAUAUAUAUGCAUUGUUUUGUAUGUAUGUGUACAUUAA